AAAUGAGUUAUUAUUCUAUUCAGUAUUUGAAACUUUUUGUAGGUUCUAAUUAGUUGCAAUUGGUAUUUAUACAUACAUUUCACCAUAUUAUUAUUAUGAGUUUAUGAUCGCAAACUCGUUUUUAUCUAGUUAUUAGGUAAUCAGCUAUUAAUUGUGUAUGAUUAAUUAUUAAAGUUCUAUGACAUUCAAUUUGUAAACACGGCGCCCUAAGAUAGAAAAUUAUACAUAGUUUGUUGAAUGGUGCUGAGUGAAUUUAUGCCUGGAAAAAUGUAUGCAGUUGAGAAAAAAUUAGAGAUUGAAAUGAAACUUAAAAAGGAAAUGACUAACAUAGAGGAGCUGAAGGCUGCGACAAAGCGAAGUUCAGCCAUCGCGAAUGAUGUAUGUAAUGUGCUGGGUGCUUGUGAACAGAGACUGCAACAACUGGAGUCUGCAGUGCUACCACUCUAUGGAGACACAGCAAGGCUACAACAUAUACAUCAAAAUAUGGAAAAAACAGUGAAAGCUUUAGAUCAUGUUAUCAAUUACUAUAUGGUGUCCAGAGAACUUGCUGAUCUCAUUCAAGCAGGGCCACACACAACCACUAGUGAUGCUUUAAAUAUAUAUCUUGAGGCCUUAGAUAAACUGGCGGAAGCACAAAAUUAUUUUAACAAAAACAACCCACAAAGUGUUGAAUUGGAAAAUAUUAAUCAGCUGUAUAAUUCAGGGGUGCUCAAGUUGGAAACUGCAUUUGAGGAGUUGCUCAGUCGGAACACAAGACCACUGUCACCAACCACACUGAUGGACAUGAUUGCUAUUGAAGAAGACUCGAGCGCGGACAGUGUGAGCGUGGGCGGCAGCCAGCCGGCAGGCGGCGCUGCGGACGCCAUGCGCGCGGCGGCGGCGUGGCUGAGCGCGGCCGGCCGCCCGCCCGCCGCGCCGCUCGUGGCCGUGCGCGCACCCGCCGCGCUCGCCUCGCUCAACAACUUCCGGCACUACCUGCGCUCGCGCUCCAUGGCCGCCUCGCCGCUGAGAGGAAAGAAAAAUCUGAACCGGACAGACAGCACCACGAGGCGGACCAGCAAGAUUCAGAAAGUAAUAGAAAAGCGCGCCAUCAACAUAAUGAUGAAAGCUUCGCAAACGCUCGAACAGUCGACCGGACUGGCCAUCGGGCCGCGUCGCUCUCUCAGCGAACCUUAUAUGGAAGAGUUCAGCGAAGCAGUGGAGGAGCACGAAGCCGAUGCGGCGGGGACCCUGGCGGUGGCGCUUUGCCGGGUGGUGCGCUGCGAGCAGAGACACGCCCUGGGGCUGGUGCCGCUGCCCCGUCUGCCGGCGCUGCUCACCGCCAUCACCAGCCAGUGCAUCAAGCUGCUGGCGACGGAGGUCGAGAAGGCGUGCGCGCGCAGCCGGCGUGGCGCGGCGCGGUGCUCGGCGGGCGCGGCGGCGUGCUGGGGGCUGCUGGCGCGCCUGCAGCGGCUGGCGGCCGACGUGGCGCGCGCGCUGCACCCCGCCUCGGCCGCGCCCUACGCCGCGCUCGUGGCCAGCGCGCAGCAGCUGUGCGUGCGCUCGCUGGAGGAGUGGGUGGAGGGCGUGCGGGGCGAGGGCGCGGAGGGCUCCGUGGACGGCACCGUGCACCAGCUGACGGUCGCCGCGCUGGCCUACUGCCAGGGGCUGGCCAGCCACAUGCGGCAUCUGGGUCCGGCGCUGGCGGCGGAGGCGUCGUACAGCCGCGCUGCCAGCCAGGUGCCCGCCGCCCAGGACCGAGAUGCGCUCAUGUUCUCUCUGUACAUGCGCAAGGUGCUGGCUCAGCUCAACCUGGCGCUACGCAGCAAGAGCGAGCAGUACCCCGACGCUCUGAAGGCUAUAUUUCUGCUCAACAACACUCUGUACCUACUGCAAGGCCUGCAGCGUAGCGGCCUGAUCGAGGUGCUGAAGGUAUCGGAGCCGGGCUGUGAGGGACACUACCGCGACAUGAUCCACUCCCAUAAGACUGCCUACCUGCAGAGCUGGAGCAAGUUGCUGUCAUACUUGGUGCUGGAAGAGCCGCUGCCCGCGAAGCUCCGGGACAAGGACCGACAGAUGCUCAAGGAUAAGUUCUCUUCGUUCAACCGCGAGUGGGAGGACACGACUCGCGCCCAGCGCGGGUACGCCGUGCCCGAGCGCGAGGUGCGCGAGAGUCUCAAGCGCGAGGUGGCGGCGGCGCUGCUGCCCGCGUACUCGGCGCUGCACGCGCGGGCCACCGCCGCGCCCUUCGCCAAGAACCCCGACAAGUACGUCAAGUACACGCCGGUGCAGAUUGCUGCUCAACUGGACGGUUAUUUUGACGAGGCUGCAUGAUAAACGAACGCUAUUAUAUUACAACACUUAUGCUUUGGUGUUAUAAAAAUGUAAAUAAAAAACAUAUUUAAUUUAUUUAAAAUGUUUAUUGAAAUAUAUAAAGCUAUAUAUUACAA